GUGAUGCGCGCGCUCGGACUCGCGCGGGUUCUGAUUUUACCGGCCAGUGGAGCAGUUACACUAAAGACCAGCAGUUAACUAAAGUGAUGUGAAGUUGGCAACGGACUCAAAUAAGGUUACUGCUGUAUGAAAUACCAAUAUGGACGGCCAACCAGAAAUAGCAAAAGGCCUCAACUCCCCCGAACUAAAAAGAAACAAAGAAAUCCCUUUCGCGGACGACUUCAUCGAACUUGACAAUGUUAAGCCAGGAGUACCUAUACGACCAAAACGAGAAACCAAAGAAAUACAUGCAACUGAUUUAGGAGAAGUACAUUCUUCACCAGACAGUGAUACCAUAGUAGUUAAUACACCUGAAGGAACACUUUAUAUAACUUUAGAGCCAGAUUCAAGCAAAUCUAGUAGAGUUAAUAGUCCAAGCACUCAAUCGACUGAUCUCACGUCUCCUAGUACUUCUAAAUGUGCCGAAGAGUCUGUGGCUUUGAUAGAAAAUGAGAAGGAUAUAGAAGCGGAACAGAGACGGGCGAAUUUGAGGAGGAACUCGAUUUCGAUGCCGACGCUUCAGAAUUUGGAGUUGGAGGUGCUGAGGCAGCAGUAUUUGCAGAAUCCGCAGGAUCAGAUCCCGGAGCAUCACCAGAGCUCAGCGUCAGGGUUCAGCGAUGGCGACACUCAGGCAGACCAGAACGAGAUUGAUGAUGACAGAGCCAAAGCACCCCUCCGCUCCCCACGUCGCAAGCGCCGCGGGCGCAGCGAAUUCAGCAUGGACGAGGAUGACUACUCACCAAACAACUCCGUCGUAUCCGUCAACUCUUUGGCUAGUCUUCUACGGGAAAAGUUGCAAAGCAUACCUCAAAAGAUCCGCAAGAAGCCGACCGACUACAAGCUCCGCGCGUUCGUCGGCCUCAUGUUCUUAGCUGUUGUAUUCUUUGUCGGCUUUGCCUACGUGCUAUACCAUCAACAAGCCAGCAGCCAGGCAUAUUUCGACGCAGUGCAAUUCAACGAACCGAAGAGGUUGCUGAGAAUUCAUAGUGCUGAUGACAAUGAGAUACUCAGGGCUAGUCUUGCGGUGAAUUUGCCAGCCAAGCAGAAGGCGUUCCCCUGCCUACCAGCGCACCGUCGUGUCGGCUCCGAGUGUCUCGAAUGGCAGCAGGCGGCCCGCUUCUACCUCAAGUGUCUGCCCCAUGACCCUGGCUUAGAUAACACUACGUGCUACUCGGUAGAAUGGCAGGCGCUUCGUCAUGACGUCUACCCCACCGACUGCUUUGACUGGAGCGAAACGAAAACCAACUGGUACGGCGGUGGACAGGCGUCCAACCUCUCUUGGCCUCUUAACAACGGGACCAUCGACUUCACUCCGUUCAUCACCGGGAACAUACAGAAAUCACACUUUGGAAACGUCCUUACCAGAUACCUCAUCAACUCUAAAGGUGCUGCCGUUAUUAUCGACGAAGAAACCCCCUUACAUAUUGCAAUAAAUAAAGGAAUCAAACAGAUCUGCAUCAAAGCACAGCAUGAUAACUUCGCAUACGCCAACAAACUCACAGAAUUCCCUGAAAUGAAGUACAACAUUUGCACUUCAAGAGAUAUGAAAUCGUUGCAUUCUUCAAUACAUAAUCACCAAAGAGCUCCUUUAUGGGAUGGUUUAAAACCAGCAGAUAUGAUGACCUUGGAGUCUUUGAUAACUGAACCAGUCUGGCAAAUUGCACCAAGGUUCAAGCACGAACUGCAAGCAGAAACCAUUUCUAAAUACACCGAAGAUGUUAUUAAUCUAGGCUUCCUAAAACAAGGACAUGUGUUGAUCAACGAAUAUUGGCAGAACGAGAUAGGUGAUCUAACUGUCGACACAAGUAGAUUCGAAACCUUAAACAUAACUGUAGACAAACUACAUAGAAGAGGUUUUAAAGUAGCGUUCACGAUCCAGCCCUUCAUAAGCACGGAGAGUAAGAAUUUCGCUGAAUGCGUGCAAAAGAGACUGUUAGUUAGUGAGCGAGAAAGCGAUCGAAGAAUACCAGCCUUAACCAGAUUUAAAUCUUUAGCGAGCGCUGGCAUGCUAGAUAUAACUAACAACAGAACAGUUCCAUGGUUCACGGAAAAGAUACAAGCAGUCAUAGACAAAUAUCACAUAGAUUCCUUCUACUUAGAUUUAGGGACAGCCUACGAUAUGCCAAUGUACUAUCAAUGUGAAAAGCGAUUGAUCAACCCUGAUCAAUACAAGACAAUCUUUACGAAGACUUUUGAGAAAUCGCUAAACAUCAUUGGAGUGUCAGGUGCCGUCACGCUACCGAGACCGCCGAUCUUUGUGUCACUACCGCCUUUUGAAUCAACUUGGGAAGCGUUACGCUCGGUCAUACCAACGAUGCUCACAUAUGGCAUUAGUGGAUACCCGUUCAUCAUGCCUGGAGCUGUGGGUGGAGACAUCUAUUGGCCGGGUAGCGAACAGUUCCUGCCUUCUUCUAAAGGAUUACUAGAGUCUAACGCAACAAGCACCGAAACCAAGAAGCUGCCUGAAGUAGAGUUGUACAUGCGCUGGCUACAGAUGGCGACGUUCCUGCCCGUGAUGAAGUUCACGCAUCUCCCCAGCAAGUACAACGACGAAAAGGUGCUGGAGAUGGCGAAGAACUUGACAACGCUGAGGCAGAAGACGAUAACUCCUCUCCUCCUAAAGUACAAGCGCGAAGCCCUUGAGGAAGGUCUACCUCUGAUCAGACCCUUAUGGCUGGUGACCGGCGGUGACCCCUUGCUGGUGGUGAAGGACGAGUUCGCGAUUGGAGACGACAUCGUGGUCGCUCCCGUGCUGUAUCCAGGACAGACUACUCGAGAAGUAUACCUUCCAGCGGGCCUAUGGGAAGACGGUAUCGACGGCUCAAUGCGCAAGGGCAGCCGCUGGAUGCACGAGUACAGAGUGCCGAUCAACCGCGUCGCCUACUUCAAACGUUUACCCAGUGAUUUGCGUUUUCGGUAGCCCUAUUUAAAGACAACUGAUUGCAGCCUUUAUGCUGUUGCAAUAAGGUUUAUAUUUGUCAGCUUAGAGACCCACACUAGCGUCUUU